UUCUUUCUAGUCACAAACCAUGAACUAUGUUGGGCAACUGGCCGGGCAUGUCCUGGUUACUGUGAGGGAACUGUAUAAAGGAAUAAACCAGGCUACCCUCUCAGGCUGCAUCGAUGUGAUCGUGGUCCAGCAGCAAGAUGGCACCUUCCUGUGCUCACCUUUCCAUGUCCGCUUUGGGAAAUUAGGAGUUCUUCGGUCCAAGGAAAAAGUGAUCGAUAUAGAAAUCAAUGGAGAACCGGUGGAUCUGCACAUGAAGCUUGGAGACAAUGGUGAAGCAUUCUUUGUACAAGAAAUUGAAGAAGAAAAUGUAAGCGUCCCUGCAUACUUGGCUACCUCCCCUAUACCUACAGAUGAUCAUUUUUUCAAGAACGUCCAUAGCCACUUAUCAAACUCCAGGGAAGGGGAAAGAGCUUCUCCAUUGUCUCACACCACAGAACCUGAGAACAUUAGUACAGGAUCUGUGAAAAAGAAGAGGAGGAAGAGAAGGAGAGCUAAGCAUGACAAGAAGGAGGAUGUCCCCUCUCCCUCAGGAGUUGAAGAAAUAUUUGAAAUGGAAAUCAGCUCAGACGAGGAGAGUCCAGUUCAUCCACCAAGAUCACUUUCAGUAUCUGUCUCCAAGGAAGAGGAUUAUAGAGAACAAUUUAUCUGCCGCUCACCUGAUCACUACGCCUUGUCCGAUGGAGACUGGUCUCCACAAGACAGUGGUUUUUCGCAGUCUAUGGGCCCAAAGAGUGAUUCAGAGCUGGAAGUUAAACCCACAGAGAAUAUGCUCCGAACAGAACUUCAGAUGGAAUGGACGUGGGGAGGCUUUCCGGAGUCUGCCAAGGCGUCAAAAAAAGAGAGAACAGAACACUUGCGGACAGCCACGAUUACUCGUUCUGAGAAUACGCACUUUAGGGUAAUCAGCUCCGAGGCCUUGUCAGGCACGGCUGAGGAUUCAUCCACAGAGGACUCUGUUUGCACUGUACUUAAACCAGAACCACGACCCCACUCCAUCAGUGUUCAGAUAGAUCCAGACGAGUUAACAACAGCUGAAUCCACCCCGACCUCUCCCUCUGAAGAAAUCCUUCCCCUGGAGGCUGCUGAUAAUGUGUCUGAUAUGAAGCCCUCAUUAAAAACAGACUCUCCCACAAAGAAGAAAGGGGUGAGGAAGAGGAGCCAGCAUCAGGGUCCUGGUGAUAUUUAUCUGGAUGACUUGAAUGUUUUGGAGCCUGAAGUGGCAGCACUUUAUUUUCCUAAAAGUGAAUCAGAUCCAGGUUCAAGGCAGUGGAUGGAGUCGGACACACUCUCAGGCUCUCAGUCCCCGCAGUCUGUGGGUAGCGCUGCUGCAGAUAGUGGUACAGAAUGCCUCUCAGACUCAGCCAUGGACCUGCCAGAUGUAACACUCUCUCUUUGUGGGGGCCUAACAGAAAACGGAGAGAUAUCGAAAGAGAAAUUCAAGGAGCACAUUAUCACAUAUCAAGAGUUUUCAGAAAACCCAGGAAUAAUUGACAAUCCUAAUCUAGUUGUGAGGAUCUAUAACAGGUACUACAACUGGGUACUGGCGGCACCUAUGAUCCUGAGUUUGCAAGUAUUUCAGAAAAACUUACCCAAGAAUACCAUUGAGUCCUGGAUGAAAGAAAAGAUGCCAAAGAAAUCAGGAAGAUGGUGGUUCUGGCGAAAGAAAGAUAGCCUGGUUAAACAGACAGACACAAAGGAGGAGAAACUGGACACAGAAGGUACCAGUGAGCAAGUGCCAGACAUCAAGGAGACAACUGCUCUCCGACCAUCUGCUGAGGACAAUUCUUCAACUGAUGAAGAUUCCAUGGAGCUGAAGCAAUUAACAAUUGAGCCUGCUCCGGUGCAGCAAUCAAGUCAUGGAAGUAUUACAUCUUAUCGCAAGACCCUGCGCUUAUCCUCAGAGCAAAUUGAAAAGUUAAAGCUCCGAGAUGGUCCAAAUGACAUUGUCUUUAGUAUUACAACCCAGUAUCAGGGCACGUGCCGUUGUGAAGGCACCAUUUAUCUCUGGAACUGGAAUGAUAAGAUCGUUAUUUCCGACAUUGAUGGAACAAUCACUAAGUCAGAUGCUUUGGGCCAAAUUCUUCCUCAACUUGGGAAAGACUGGACACAUGAAGGAAUUGCCAAACUAUACCACUCUAUACACGAGAAUGGGUACAAAUUUCUGUAUUGCUCAGCCCGUGCUAUCGGCAUGGCAGAUAUGACUAGAGGCUAUUUACACUGGGUAAAUGAUAAAGGCACUAUCCUACCUAGAGGACCACUUAUGCUGUCUCCUAGUAGUCUAUUCUCUGCAUUCCACAGGGAGGUCAUUGAGAAGAAGCCUGAGAAGUUCAAGGUCGCGUGCCUAAAUGAUAUAAAAAAUUUGUUUGGUUCCAAUCAACAACCGUUUUAUGCUGCUUUUGGAAACCGGCCUAAUGAUGUGUUUGCCUAUAUGAAAGUUGGAGUACAAGACUGUCGAAUUUUUACUGUCAACCCAAAAGGCGAAUUAAUACAGGAGAGGACAAAAGGGAACAAGACAUCGUAUAGCAGACUUAGUGAGCUGGUGGAACAUGUCUUUUCUCUGCUUGAUAAGGAGCAGAACUGUGCUUUCACUUUCCCAGAGUACAGCUCAUUUUGCUUUUGGAGAGAACCUAUUGCAGAACUGAACAUGGCAGACUUGACGUAAAUCACCCCAUCACAGUGUCUUGGAUCUAUUAGCA